GGGUGGAAAGGACUACCGGGGGUGGCCUUUUUUGUGUUUCGUGAAGCUUGCAAAUCGUCGUCACGACGACGAUGGCUAUGGAGUCCCCCUGGCGAUGGCGAGCCAGCAGCUUUAGGGGAUCCACACGCUGCCUGCUUUCUCACUAGCCUCCUCUUCCUCUUCCUCCGCCUCUAUCCGGGGUCCCUUUAUUUCCAUCCCAUCCGACUUUCCCAGUCGACGUUGCGCUCCGCAACCGCCAACUCGAAUUGCGACCUCUGCGUUGUUUCGCGUUUCUCUGCAGUAGCUCUUGCUUGAUCCGUUCUCGAGGUGGGGUGGAUUGUGUUGCGUGCGUGCGUGGUGUCGAGUGAAUUGAGGACCAGAGUGGAUGCAGGUGGUGGUGGUGGUGAUUGUGAGGCUUUGAGAGCUAGCGGGCUCUGCGGGUUUGGAUUGAAUUGGGUCGCGGAGGGGGAGACGCGAGAAGGAGAGAAGGUUGGAACUUUAAGUGCAUCUUGUAUGGGAACCUUUUCGGGGUUAAUCCUCACUGUACCAGAAGCAAUUCAACGGCGGAAGCACUUGAAUUUCGUUUUGAUUAUGUGGCUACAGCGGAUCAUCUGCUUCAAUUCAUUUUUUAAGGCAUUUGUUUGCGUCUUUGUGAAGCUCAUUGACCUGCAAGAGUUGGUUAAUUCGCACGCUGUCCACCACAAGGCUAACAGAAGCAGAACUCAGACCAAACUUAGUGAACUGCUGCCAACAAAUUGGGUUCAUGAUUUAGAACUUUCAAUUGGAGAAGUAGACCGUGACUUUGGAUACUCAAAAUCAAGUUUUUGUAUGACUUGAGCAGCCUUCCGACGUUGGAAUCGUUUAUAUCAAUCAGUUUUGUGUAUAGUCUUUGGCAGAUAAUUGUCGUAGAGAAGAAACUUUUAAUGCUGGAUAAUGCGGAGGCAUUGGAUGAAGACUUGGGUACCAAAUUUCAGUAUGCGCCGCUACCCAUGGAUCCAAUGGAGUCAGAUGUCCUUCAGGGUUCUUUUGAACAGCAGGAUCCAAUCUUCACGGAGCUGCCAACCGCCCGAGUUGUUGAGGUCUCUCGAUCUGAGCGCAAUGAUCAGAGCCUAGCCUUCCAACUUGUGUACACCAUUGAGCUACAGUACAAACAGUUCACUUGGCGUCUUGAAAGGAAGGCGACUCAGCUCCUGUUCCUACAUUUGGCUUUGAAGAAGCGCGCGUUACUUGAAGACAUUCAAGAGAGGCAAGAACAAAUCAAAGAGUGGGCUCACAACCUAGGAUUUGGAGAUGAACAUCCCUCCACAUCCACAACCACUAAUCUGCGCUCACACUCAUCACACCAUGAGCGCCACUCCUCACAAGGUGGUCACUCUUCACAACAUGGGCGCAACAAUUCACAGGACCACUCCCCACGUCAUUGGCGGCACAAUUCGCAGGAUCAUUCGUCACAUCAUGGGCGUCAUAAUUCGCAGGACCAUUCCGCACAUCAUGGGCGUCGUAAUUCAUUCAAUCUAUCUGGUGAACGCCGCCUUUCUCUUGAUCGGCAACAGCAUUCUUCACUCAACGAAGGUCAAAAUGACGAAAACCAGGAAGGAGCCCAGGACUUCACUCUUAACCCGAAGAGAGACAUUCCUUCAAGCGCCGCGCUUCCUGUCAUACGUCCAGCGAUUGGUCGCCUCCCGGAUAUAUCUCCGCGAGCUACUGCUGCUAUGCAAAAUUAUUUGAAUCACUUCUUGGAAAGCCUCGACAUUGUCAAUACUGUUGAAGUAUGCAAAUUUUUGGAAGUUAGCUCACUCUCGUUUACCCCGGAGUAUGGACCAAAGCUCCAAGAAGGCUACAUGACGGUGAAGCAUCUUCCUCGGUUUCCUGACGAACGAUCUUCCUCGUGUUCCCGUUUCUGGGAGUCUUGCUGGUGCUGUUUCAAUACGAACUGGCAAGAGGUUUGGGCAGUUCUUAAGCCCGGGUUUUUAGUUCUCCUUGCAGAUCCUUUUGUUGGAAAGCCUCUGGAUAUUAUUUUGUUCGACAUGUUGAGCUCCUCUGAGAAUCAGGUUGCCCUAGCAGAGCCUGGGAAGGAAAGAAAUCCUUUAAAAUUCUCGUUUGUAGUUAACUGUGGUAAUCGGGAGUUGAAGUUCCGCACAAGUCGGGCGGUCAGUGCACGUGAUUGGGUGGACGCAAUAAACAACGCGGCCGUGAAACCCAGUGACGGCUGGUGCAAUCCACAUCGGUUUGGUUCCUAUGCUCCACAGAGAGGGAUGACAGCAGACGGAAGUGUGGCUCAAUGGUUCAUAGACGGAAGAGCCGCUUUUGAUGCAAUAAUGAUGGCCAUUGAAAGUGCUCAGUCUGAAAUCUUCCUCACAGGGUGGUGGUUGUGUCCUGAGCUAUAUCUACGUAGACCUUUCAUGUCCCACGAAUCCUCUCGACUAGAUGUUCUGCUGGAAAGCAAGGCGAAGGAAGGAGUUCAAAUUUACGUCCUCUUGUACAAGGAAGUGUCCAUGGCGUUGAAAAUUAAUAGUAAUUAUUCAAAACGAAGGUUGCAAGGGAUCCAUGAGAACAUCAAAGUGCUACGGUGGCCAGACCACUUCUCGUCAGGGGUUUACCUCUGGUCGCACCAUGAGAAGCUUGUAAUCGUGGAUCAUCAUGUAUGUUUCUUAGGAGGGCUUGAUCUGUGCUAUGGGCGAUACGAUGAUCCUAAUCAUCGUGUGUGGGAUAGCCCUCCUUCAAUUUGGCCAGGGAAAGACUAUUAUAACCCACGCGAGUCUGAACCGAAUUCUUGGGAGGACGCAAUGAAGGAUGAGUUGGAUCGGAACAAGUUACCUAGGAUGCCAUGGCAUGAUGUUCAGUGUGCAAUCUGGGGCCCUGCUUGCCGCGACGUCGCCAGACAUUUUGUUCAGAGGUGGAACUUUGCGAAGCGGAACAAGGCUCCUAAUACCAAGGCAAUUCCUAUACUGUUACCACAUCAGCACAUGGUCAUUCCUCAUUAUCUUACUGGUCAAGAAGAAGAGGAAGCUAAAGUGGAAGUGGAAGUUGCGAGGCAACAAGCUGCGGAUGCUAAUAAAUUGGCAUCCUAUGCUAGUAUCCCGCUGCUUAUUCCCAAGGAACUGGACACCUCUAGGCUGGACACUCGUGGAAGUGGGACUCUGUUUGAUGGCUAUGGAAGUGGGAUUGCAAAAGAAUUCUCAGGGCUUCAGCCUAUGAGAAGCAGCGGUAGAGUAGUGCCAUGUCCAGAUUCUACUACAGAGCCCGGCUUCAUUUCGUCAGACUAUGUCAUAACUGACUCCAAAGAAUCCUCUUUUAAAGAAAAAGCAGAUGACAAUUUCAGUUUCACGAAGGCGACUCCGCCAGAACAUGGAUUAAAAGAGAAUCAUACAGAUUGGUGGGGAUUAGUACAGCCUGUCUCAGAUGAGAACCUCGAUAUGGAGGGGUUAGGCGACAUUGGACCACGGUCGCAUUGCAAGAUCCAGGUAAUUCGCAGCGUAGGUCAGUGGUCUGCUGGCACAACGCAACUGGAAGAGAGAAGCAUUCACGCAGCCUACUGUUCGUUGAUAGAAAAGGCAGAGCAUUUUAUCUACAUUGAGAAUCAGUUCUUCAUCUCAGGCAUGGACGAUGACGACACUAUCCGGAACAGAGUACUGCAGGCAUUAUAUGUACGGAUUAUGCGGGCACAUUCAGAAGGCAAGUGCUUUCGAGUGAUUGUGGUCAUGCCAUUAUUGCCUGGUUUCCAAGGUGGAGUCGACGACGCUGGAGCCGCCUCAGUCAGGUUCAUUAUGCAUUGGCAAUUCCGGACUAUUUGUCGGGGUAGACAUUCGUUACUACAUCGGCUUCAGGCUUCUUUGGGACCUCAAGCUAACGAUUACGUCUCGUUCUAUGGGCUUCGAAACCACGGCCGGCUCGAAAACGGUCCUUUAGCCACCAGCCAGAUCUAUGUGCACAGCAAGCUCAUGAUUGUGGAUGACCGCCUCGCUAUAAUCGGGUCCGCCAACUUAAAUGAUCGGAGCUUGCUGGGCUCCCGUGACUCAGAGAUGGGUGUUGUCUUAGAGGACCAAGAGUUUGUGAACUCGAAGAUGAACGGCAAACCGUGGCGGGCAGGUCGCUUUGUGCAUUCCUUACGCCUCUCCCUCUGGUCGGAGCACUUGGGCGUAGACUUUUCCAAUAUCGAGACAAUAGUGGAUCCAGUUGGGGAUGCUACAUACAAGGAGGUGUGGAUGAAGACUGCGCAGAGGAACACGGACAUUUAUCAAGCCACGUUUGCAUGCAUCCCCGCGGAUAAUAUUCACUCUCGGUCUGCUCUACGGCAGGCGGCUGCACAAAGGAAAGAGAAAAUGGAUCAGAAUACGAUUGAUCUUGGAAUAGCUCCUGAACCCUUGGACCAGGAUGGGCGACCAAUCUCUCAAUUCCAAAACAAGCAGCUGGAAGCAGUUCAAGGUCAUCUUGUAAACUUUCCUCUCAAUUUCAUGUCAGAUGAAGACCUGCGGCCAGUUUUCAAAGAAAGUGAAUACUAUGCCUCAGCUCAGAUCUUCCACUGAAAAGGUGACCCAUUCCUUGUCAUCUUUAGCUUAUUUGCCAUCAAAUCAGAUUUUAAUGCUUCGUGACAAACAUUAGACUCUGUAUCAAAUUAGCUCUCUUAUACAUUUUAGGAUAUUGUGGAGCUCCCGACAAACCAAACAACUUGAGGCACAUGUAGCCCACAAUUCAACAUUUCAUCAUGCCUUUUUGUUGUCGCAUUGCUGUAGCUUGUAGUCAUGUUUAUACUGGAGUCCAUAUCCCUGCUAUUUAUUUCUUGACCAGCUCGCGUCUAGCUAACACUCGUAGAUUAUGUUGUGUAGCUGUUUGUCACACAACCGACACAGAGUUGGAUUCAACUGAGUAGUCUAUUAAAAGACAGUUGUGGGAGGUGUGAGGGUCCAAAUGUACUCAACAAUUGAUUUCAGAAGCUCCUUCAGGUCUCGGAUAUGAAGAGCACUAGGCCCAAUCGUGUACAUAAUACUGUAAUUGUUGUUAAUUGUUUUUGGUGGAGCUUUUAGUUAGAUUGGUAUAACCAUUGCAAGACUUACGUGCAGGUCUAGUGCUGUGAUCGUUGGCAUGAAAACGAACUUUCACAUGUGGCACAUUUGUGUAAAAUUAGACUCAAACAAUCAUUUUGGGUAGUAUUGGAUGUCAUUUCAAUACACAUCAAAACAUAUUAUUUCUCAA